UUGCUUCAUUCGUAGUGUAUGAGGUUUCAACACCGGUUGAUGCAUUUUUGUUUCAAUUUUCAGACGCAUUUCUACCUGUAAUUUGUGGGUUCUUUAGGAAAUAAGCUUUAUACGUAAAAUGAAAUGUUUUAAAAAAGGCGAAAAAAAACAUAUGUGAAGAAGUCGCUUACAUACUUGAUUAUAUAUAUAUAUAUAUGCUACAUGAUACGUAUCGCCUGAGGCAAUAUAAGUGAAGAGUGACAUCUAAAUAGGUAGCUAGGCCAGAGUGUGUUCGAAACGGCUCGUUAAACACAGAGUAAACCCACAAUUACAUGUGAGAUUGCACAAUGACCCGUUCGGCGGUGUUCUAAAUUGUGACUGUGAAACAUUGCGUAACGUCGAACUUGGAACACGUUAAUUUGGAUACUCAAACAGGUCGUCGUUUUUAAAGCAGGAAAAACAUGAGCCUCAAGAUUUGGAUAUAUCCUGUCAUUGUCGCUACUUAUGUCGCAACGGUGCUGGCAUCACCAUGCUCCGUGCAGAACCGCACGAGCAAUCUGCUCGACUGCAUCAAUGGGAUCAAAACGCGAUUCAUGGACAACGACGCAUUUUGGUUCGGGAGACAGUACGCUAUAAGGUGCCCGCUAAAGGGAGCCAGCUAUGACCCAAAGUGCACCAAUUUCCGGCCGAACACUGCAGACAGUUUUGGUACCCGGCUUUUCCAAAGCAACGUGAUUAAUUCACUGGACAGGUUCCUCUCUGUGCGGUUCGAAUCUAUCGGAAGAAACUACACCGGAUGCGGUACGACGUACACCUGGGACGGCAAGGAGAGGGUUAAUAUAGAUGUCGACCCACUUUCAGAUGAUGUAGAGACGCCGUGGUUUGUUCGAGACACACCCAACAUUACCUGGAGUUACAACGCUACAGAUUACUACACGUUGAUUGUUUAUGACGCCGGAUACUUGUUCGCUCAUGCCGUUUACGUUAAUGUCAGGGGAAACAACUUAAGUAGCGGGCAGGCUGUUAAAGCGUACCACGGCCCGAGAGUAAGCUUCAAUCUACAGAAUCCCUACAUAUUCCUGCUUUACAAACAUUUGCAACCGGUCAAUGUGACGGAAGAACUUAAGAAUAUCAGUAUACGCGCCAACUCGACCCAAGUUUGGCCAAUUUACGAGUUCGCACAAAAACUCAAUUUGGGAGAUCCUAUCGCUGUGAACUGGGUGGUUGUCACGGGUGACGAGUAUGGAGCCGCCAUGUCAGAGAGUUUUGGAUUAUUCUUUUGCCCGGAUUUCUCAACAAAAGCUUUGCACCGAGUACCCCGUCCAUUCUUCAGCAACUCGACUCAGCUGUCUGUCUGGUUGGACGUUACCAUGACGACUGACAGUCUCAACUACUCAGUCUGCUGUAACAUGUCCACAUUCGGCGCUGGAACCCGAAAGUUGGACCCUAUAGGGAACCAGAUCUACCACACGGCGAAAGUAAGGAGCGAGGCUAUAGUCACUUACUCGCUUAAGAAGGCCGGUUACCUUCCAUCGAACUUAACAGGGGAGAUGCACAGCAUCGUGACCAUGGACCCUGAUGUUCCAUCGCCAACCGCUGGUACCCAGGAACGGCCCCUGUUACACGGCCUCUUCAUCAACAUCAGGGAUGGCAACUUCAGCACUGGGGAGUUGGUUCGCAACUAUUCGGGGCCCAUGCCACCCGACAACAAGCCCCACUACUACUACUUCAUGCUGUACAGACAUGACGUCCCCCUGAACGCGACGGCAAUGCCAUCGUACUCAUCUGACCCAAGUAACGGAAGGUAUCUGUUUGACAUCAACCGCCUGGUGUCUGACCACAACAUGACGCUUGUGGGUGCAAAUUGGCUGCGCGCGACAACGGACGAUUACGUCACGUACCGCCUCGUUGCUAGGGAACCUGGAAAUGAAGCUUCAUUGUGCGCGAAAUACCCUGGAUAUAGCAAACCGUGCCCCACUUCUGGCAGUACCAAGGCUUUCGUGAUAAACAACGUUCCAAUGCUCUUUGUUGGACUGUGUAAUAUCAUGUUUAUGGCGUUUUCUGCGUUGCACUGAACACGUGCUAAAGAUGGACACUAAUUACGUCACAGUUCUUAUAAGAUGCAUAAUUGUCUACAGCUAUGCAUACCAGUCAUGUAUUAUACUAUAAUUAUGUGUAUCUUACUAUUAUAUAUGUUCACUUGUUUUUAUAUGAUAUAUGUAAAUAUGUUAUGUAAAUGAUUCAUGUAAAUAUAAAUGAAUUCCAAAACCAGUUUCAGUAUAAAGUAUAGAUCUUUGUAUGUAAGUCUUCAUAAUAAGAACAAAUAAAUACAAGUAUAUUAA